GCAAAAGGAGAGUCUAAAAACAUGCUGACGGAAUUUUUUGCAGAUGACCGCUGGAAUUCGGGCCGAUGUUCCGCAAAUUCACGUGACACAAAUAAUUAGCAACGCGUCGCGUUCGCUUUUCUGUUUAUUACCCUCAACGCUUUUUAUUAUCCCAUCCCUCUUCUCAUAAUGUCGACAUUGAAGUACCCAAAAGUAGCUGGCUACGAACUCGUGCAACAAAUCGGUGGGGGAGGCUUCUCGACUGUAUUUCGCGCAGUCCACUUUGAGGAACAACGAGUGGCUGCCUGCAAAGUGAUAUCUCUCACAGACGCCACCACUGACAAAGAGCGUAAAACCAUCGAUAAAGAAAUGCGGGUUCAUGCUGCGUUGAAGCACCCUAACGUGCUUGAAUUCUACAAUGCGGUGGUCGUGGAAAUCAAGCAUAAGCAUUUGUAUCAUCCUGGGAUCUACAUGCUGCUUGAACUUGCCGCAGGAGGCGACCUUUUCGAUAAGAUUGCACCCGAUGUUGGUGUCGGAGAUGAGGUAGCUCAUCUGUAUUUCAACCAAUUAGUUACGGGCAUGGACUACAUACACCGCCAAGGUGUAUGCCACCGAGACCUCAAGCCCGAAAACCUGCUUCUUGAUAUUGCAGGAACACUCAAAAUAUCUGAUUUCGGUCUAUCUGCCGUGUAUAAGCUCAAGGAAUCCGGAAAGACGCGAACAUUGACAGAAAGGUGUGGGAGCCUUCCUUACGUCGCCCCGGAACUGGCUUCCGAUACACCUUACAGGGCCGAGCCCAUUGAUGUGUGGGGUAUGGGUGUUAUCCUUUUCACGCUUCUCGCCGGUAAUACCCCUUGGGACGAACCCACAAUGAACAGCACAGAGUUCUCUCGCUACGUAAAUGGCGAAAUAUUUGAUGAUCCGUUGUGGUGUCACAUCCGAGGCGAUGCUCUCUCUCUCCUCACUGGUCUUCUUUGUAUAGAUCCAGAAGAGAGGAUGUCGAUAUCCCAAAUUUACCAGCACCCGUGGUGCAUCAGGCCUAGCCAGCUUGCUCAGAGAGGCGCCUUGGCGCUUGCCGAUAAGCUUACUGAGACGCUCAGAAAAAACGGCGACCUUGGCCUGGCCGCUCCAGAUUUUGCACGACCAGAAGAAGAAGUAGACGCCGAUGGAGAUCAGAUGAUGUUCUCGGCCGGUCACAGCUCGCAGUUCACUCAGUCACUGAUGCUAUUCUCUCAGACUCAAUCCGGGAAUCGCUACACACCUCACCUCACACGGUUCUAUGCCUCUCUUGGAUCUUCUUUGCUAUUGACGCUUAUCCAUGAAAGUCUUGAGGAACUUGGCGUCAGAUGCAAACCGUCCCCGGAUAGUAGUGACGGUAUACUUCGCCUUCGCAUUGGAGGUCGUGACCGCAGGAAAGAGAUCUUUAAAGGCUGGGUGCUGGUAGAAUGUUUUACUUACCGUGGAAGUGAGGGCAGCUUUUGCAUCAUGCAAAGAGAUGAAGGAAAUCCCAUAUCAUGGAGACAACUCUGGAAAGCACUGAUCAUGUCGCCAUCCGUAGAACCUCACGUUCUGCGAAAAUGACGAUUUAGUAAGGGAGAUAUACCCCAAAUAUAUUUGCAGCAUUUAUUAGAGUUGCUUAUAUGUAACACAGUUAGUAUUUGUAGGUUGGAAUCUCGCUCAAGGUGUAAGUAAUAAUAGUUAAAUAUUUGUUCCUGUGAACACUACUAUUUUAGGG